GUAACCAUAUUAUUUUGUUUAUUUAUAAUCGCGUUGUUGUCGACGACGAAUUUAAGUUUGAUAACGCCACCGCGGCCCGCGGCAUAUCAAGAAAUGAGAAUCUAGUUUAGAGAUAUCAAAAUAUUAUGCCCCUCUAUAUAGUGUACGAAUGUACGAUACAACGAUUGACUUUCUCACUGGCCUCGGUCAUAAGUCAUAACCAGUAACGGCAGUAACCACUCUUGGAGGCUUUUAGUGUCGAUCGGGUCGCAAUUACACUUCGUCCGCCCCCAACUCGGCCGUCUGGACUUGAUAUCAACCGUUUAUUUCGUCGUCUGUGUCCUUCCUGUCCGUGAACGUCAUUGAUCACACGUGUGAAAACAUGAGUGUCGACAUGGUGGAAGACGGUCAGGAUGAGGAGAAUUCGGCAUACGGUAGCUGUGAGGGUCCAGAUGCCAUGUAUGUCAAACUGAUCUCAAGUGAUGGGCAUGAGUUUAUUGUUAAACGGGAGCAUGCUUUGAUGUCGGGCACCAUAAAAGCCAUGUUGAGUGGGCCUGGCCAGUUUUCAGAAAACGAAACAAAYGAAAUCCAUUUCAGGGAAAUACCUUCUCACGUUUUACAAAAGGUUUGUAUGUACUUCACAUAUAAAGCUCGUUAUACAAACAGCUCAACCGAGAUUCCAGAGUUCCCUAUUCCACCACAAAUCGCUUUGGAACUUCUGAUGGCAGCCAAUUUUUUGGAUUGUUAAUGUUGAGUAAUAAAAACAGAUAUUUACAAACUAUUAAAAUUUCAGAAUUUAAAUUCUUAAUCUAAAUUUUUUAAACAUUCUUGUAUCCAUUAUCUUGAUACU